CGACAGCGACAUAGCUCCAACUCGUAUAACAUGGCUCGCUCUGUCCUUCUCACUGUUCGCAUCAUUUAUCUGCCUCCAAAGGCUGCCAUCUUCAUUCCAGAAGACUUGGAGGCUGCUAUCGUUGUUCUCCGAGCGGAUUUGACAUCUCUACGCAUCCCCCACCCUAAGGCGUAUACUAUAAAGAUACUUUCCCCGGGAGUAGUCAGAUUCUGUUGGGAAACUGAGAUGCACAGUACACUCCAUACGCAACUAUCGAAAAGAAUCCCAAAAUUGUCACAAGGAGAGUUGUUCAAGCGAGCAAUCUCGAAGAUGAGUCUAAAGCAAGAGCCAGGCAAGAAACUCGAUCCUCCGCCACAACCUAAUAUAAAGUACCUGCUUCCACAGCAUGUUCCCGAUUCAGUCUUCGGUCCCCAGGGCUUUGUUCCUAUCCUAGAGAGUUCAUUGGGUGGCAGUGCACCAUCCGAAUCAUCUAGUUCAGCCCAAAUAAUAAGUGCAGACUCGUCAUACCCUCAAUACGCCGGGUCAGAGUGUUCGGUGCCCACGUCCGGUACCGCCGAACCAUAUCCAGAUGAACUAGAAACGCUUUCGCGACUUCAGAGUCCUGUAUCACGCUGUACUUCGGUGAAAGAAGAAGCAACAUCCGUUGUGAUCGGCAAGCGAACCUCUUGCUCGUUAUUCUCACCAUCGCCAGCCAAGAGAUAUCGUAGCAGAAGUCCGUCCAAUAACGACGAGUUCUCCCUGCUGCAUGAGCUUGGGUCACUCAGUGAAGAAAUCAAGUACCUCGCUGCAAAACAAUCUAGGAUACGGGAGAAGCUCCAAGACUUGGGGGUGUCAAGUAUCCCUGAGCCCGACUUUUUGUCUCGGAACCAAAUAAGAGAUCUCGAGUUGGAAAUCGAGACUGAGAGGAGGCAAAGGAUCGAGUGUGAGACGGUGUUGAUGGAUAUCCGGCGAGAGUGUCGGGUACCUUUUAUCGUUCCUGCGUUGUUUGAUGCGUUUAUUGAUAUUUCGAAAUUGACGACGACUGUCGUAGAUUCUCUUCAUUAAUACUGUAGAGUCAUUAUGUAUCAUAGACUUUUUAUUAUUUAGGACUCGGAGGAUGUACUGUACUAGAUUAACAUGAUUAUUCAAUCUCAUAUCGUCGGCGUCUGGAGG